AUUUUUUAAUUUUAUGAAGGACACUAAUUUACAUUAGAUAUAAUGUUUUAUAAUUUUAUUGUACAAAUAUCUUUAAAAUACAGAAUAUAUUAAAAUUGUUCAUUGUAUAUUCCUUUAUUUUUUCGCUUCUCUUGUCGUGAGUUAUAUACUUAGAUAAAUAUGCAAAAUGCUACAAAAAUUAUAUUAAUUUAGCUUUUAAAUAUAUAAUCGUGCUUUGCAUUUCAUAUAUAUGCAUAUAUAUAUUUUUUGCUCAGAUUAUAAAGACACGAUUAUUCCAGCGCAACAUGUAUGUUCAAUCAAAUUAAUGUUUUCAUGAUAUUCAUUUGCAAUCAAACGAGAGAUAAAUAAGUAUUAUAGAUAUUCUUAGAAUAUACAAAUGGAAUUGAUUCGUGGUAAUGUGAACAAAGUAUAUUUUGUCGCAACUUAUCUAUCUUCAUAAAAAAUUAUACAUAUAAUUUAAGAGAUAGGAACUAUAUUUUGAGUAUAAAUACUUGCAGCAACUGCAUUUUUAAUCCCUUUAUAACUGGUCUUUACUAAAAAGUUAUAUUAGUAAAUUACUAAAAAGAUAUAUUUGUUAGUAAUUGAUCUAUUAGUUUAACAUGAUUCAAUAUAAAACUGUAUUAUUUAUCUUGAUAUUGACCAUCGUAAAAAGUAAAUGCAGCCCUAAAAUAUCUUGGGUUCCAAAUAUUAUAAAAGAAAAUUUAGACAAAAUAAUACUUGAUAAACAAUCUUUUGUAACAUGUUCUCAAGAGGAAAUUGUGAACUUAAAAGGAUUAAAUUUAAAUGAUAUACCAACAGAGUUAAUUAAAAGUAAAACAAUACAGGCAAUUUCAUUAGAAAAUAAUGAAAUAAGUGUAGUUCCUAAGGAUAUAUUUUACAAAAUUCCAAAUUUACAAUGUCUUGAUCUAGCACGGAAUAAAAUUUUAGCUGAUGAUCUUGAAAUGAAACAUGAUCGUUUGAAAACAUUAAUUCUCGAUUAUCAAAAGACUUUAACAAAUAAUGAUAUUUUUUUACCAAUCAAAAUAAAAGGACGAUUUCCAAAUUUGGAAACAUUAUCUUGGAAAAAUUUAAAAAAUGAUAUUUUAACAGUAGAAGCAUCAUUUCCGAGAAUAAAUAAUAUUUAUUUAUCCGAUUCUAAUUUAAAAUAUAUAUAUGAUAAUAUAACCAGCAUAUUCCCGUAUUUGAAAAAUAUCCAUUUAGAAAAUAAUUUGAUCGAUCAAUUAGUUGAAUAUGAUUUUAAAAAUGUGGAAGAAUUAUAUUUGGAUAACAAUCCUCUUUAUUAUCUCUCGUUCAAUCCAAAAUUUACAAAAAAUCUAAAAAUUCUCUCAUUAUCAAAUAUUACGUACAAUAUUCCUACACUCAACAUUCCAUCGUUAAUAACGUUAGAUUUAUCUGAAAAUAGACUUCAUUUUCCAAGUGACAAUAUCUUUGAAUAUACAUUAUUUUUGGAAAAUUUAAUUUUAAGUAAAAAUGAAUUUACUAAAUUUCCAAAUUUAACCUCUUUAAAUAAUCUUAAAAAAUUAUCGUUGGCUUACAAUAUAAUUACCAAUGUAAAAGAUAUAAGUGUAGCAAAAUCUUUAAAAAUGUUAAGUCUACGAGGAAAUAUGAUAUACAACAUCGAUAAAAAAGCGUUUUUCAAAUUUACAGAGUUAGAAUUUUUAGACUUAUCAGAAAAUAAAUUGCAAUCAUUACCGUUUGGUUGGAAUAAAAACUUGUCAAUGUUGAAAUAUCUCAACUUAGAGUCAAAUUAUUUCCAAAAUAUAGAAGGUAUGAUGUUGAAUUCAUUAUUUACUUUACAAAAACUUUAUAUAAAAAAUAAUGAUAUCAUGUCGUUAGAUUUAAAUAUAUCAAAUAUAAAAAUUAUACCGCAAAAUUGUACCGUAUAUUUGUUUUGAAUAUCAUCACACACGAGAUAAAGAAUAAAUCUAAAGAAUUAAAUGUAUUUCGAUUUGUAUGUUGAAUUUCUCGCUUGUCAUUAUUGUUAAACUGUCAUUAUUCAUUAUUAUUAAUUAUUCAUAGAUAAAAAUAAAACGUUACAGUUUACGAUAA